AUGUACUCCUGUUGGCAAGUUGUGACGAAUAUCGAGAAAAAAGAAAAAGACCCCGACCAUUCCAGUAGCAGUAAAAGGAGACCCGGUUCCCCCGGUCUCUUACUUUCAUCCUUGGCAUCUCUAUACCUUCUAUCCCUCGAUUUGCUCUUACGCCUUGGAUCCAACAAUCGACAUUCCUUCCUCCACAGCAACACAUCGCAGCCAGUGAUAUCCUCCCGUGAUUGUCGCCAUGUCAAUCACCUCUUUGGAUCAGAUCCGCGGCGUCGAAAAGUGGCUCCAGAUCGAAUAGCUCUGCUCCCCCUGGACGACGAGGAUACCGACGACGACGACUGCCACUACUCGGCCAAGAACCAUGCAGUUCAUGUGGGAUGCAUGUUAUUUCAUCACGAAAGCCGUUACAACCCCAAGCCUCCCGCUGUCGAAGUCGAAGGCUUCAAGGCCACUCAUCCAAAACACCCCAUGAUUAUCCGCAAUGCCGAGACUUCCCAGGAGGAAGUUGGCCUAGGGGUUCUCGGGCGCUUUCUCUUCUCCGGUGAUCGUAGACUGGCAAUUGGAGCGACCGCGACCGAUGCGCCAGUCAAUGUCUUGUACACUGGCGUCUUUGGUUGUGGUUAUAUACCUGAGUACUGCGACGCCUACACGAUCGAAGGAAAGCAGUUCCAGGGUAUCGACAUACUGGAUUGGAACGAGGUUUCAUUUGAGUCGUCAUACCGGAGGGAUGAGUCUACGUCCGUUGAGGAGGUGUGA